GCGAGAUGGGUUGUGUCAUGUGUCAUGCAGUCUGGCUGGCAGUCAGCUGACAAACCCGUUUUGCUUAUGAUGUUUACUUUCUUAGUUUAGCGCGUUAACCUGAGAUUCUUUUUAUUUGAAUGAAUGCGUCGCUAUGCUUCGCCAAGGAGGAUCAUGGUAGUCGUGAACUCGGUGCUAAAGCUGUUGCAGAGGCAGACGUACACCUGUCUGUCCCACCGAUAUGGGCUCUACAUCUGCUUCGGGGGGCUCGUCCUCAUGAUUGUUUCCGCCUUUCAGUUUGGAGAGGUGGUGGUGGAGUGGAGCCGGGAUCAGUAUCAUGUGUUAUUUGACUCCUAUAGAGACAAUGUGGGAGGGAAAUCAUUUCAAAGCAGGCUCUGUCUGCCCAUGCCUAUUGAUGUGGUGUACACAUGGGUGAACGGCACCGACACCGCUCUGCUGAGGGAACUGAAGGCGGUCAAAGAGCAAAUGGAGGAAGAACAGAAAGCUCUGAGGGAACGCCUGGGAAAAAAUGAUACUACUGAAGUCCCAAUACAUAAUGUCAAGCUUGAAUGCCUGCUGUCCCAUUGCAUCAUAGCGCCCAUGCUGGCGCUGGAUCCGGCUCUGCCAGCCAACGUUACUCUCAAAGAGCUGCCGGCGCUCUCGCCAUCCUUCUCUGCUGCCAAAGAGCUGCUGCUCAUGAGCAAACCCUUCCACCCGCCCACCACUGUGUCUGUGGUCGUCUUCCAUUCGCAGGCUGAUGCUGAUAAAGCCUAUACAGAUGUGUCCAGAGAAACCAAUAAAUUUUCUGUGUCCAGAUGCUACCUGACGACGGAUAAAGAGGCUCCAGGUCUGAUCCGCAUGCAGUCCCUGGCCUAUCUGAGCGGCUUCCCGGCAUCCUUCAAGGAGACGGAGCAGCUGCGAGUCAAACUGCCCUCAGUCAUAACCAGCAAGAUCAAACAGUUUGAGCUGUACUCAGAGGCCAGCAUCGCUCUGCUCCACCUGAAAACGCCGCAGGAUUUCUCUGAUCUCACCCAGCAGGCCAAAAAGAACCUGACCCUGGAUGGGAAAGAGUUGACCAUCAGCCCCGGCUACUUGUUUUGGGACCUCACUGCCAUCUCACAGUCUAAACAGGAUGAAGAUGUAUCAGCCAGCCGAUUUGAAGACAAUGAGGAGCUCCGCUAUUCGCUGCGCUCUGUGGAAAAACACGCCCCCUGGGUGCGACACAUCUUCAUCGUCACAAACGGGCAGAUUCCCUCCUGGCUCAACCUGGAUAACCCCAGAGUUACAGUGGUCACACAUCUGGGAAUCUUCUUGAACCACAGCCACCUGCCUACAUUCAGCUCCCCUGCCAUAGAGACCCACAUCCACCGCAUCCCGGGUCUCUCCCAGAAGUUCAUUUACCUCAAUGAUGACGUGAUGUUCGGCAAAGAUGUGUGGCCGGAUGACUUCUACAGCCACUCCAAAGGACAGAAGGUGUACCUCACCUGGCCUGUUCCCAACUGUGCAGAGGGCUGCCCAGGAUCCUGGAUCAAAGAUGGUUACUGUGACAAGGCCUGCAACAACUCUGCCUGUGACUGGGAUGGGGGAGACUGUCUGGGAGCAGCAGGGAACCGGUUCGCUGCGGGUGGCGACGCCGGUGGGCCCGGCGGGGCUGGUGGACAGGUGUGGCAGUUUGCAGGAGGUCUGGGAGGUUUUGGGGGGACAUCAUACUGCAAUCAAGGCUGUGCCAACUCCUGGCUGGCCGACAAGUUCUGUGACCAGGCCUGCAAUGUCCUCUCCUGUGGCUUUGAUGUGGGUGACUGUGGUCAAGAGCACUUUGGUGAGCUGCACCAUGUGACCCUCCUCAGGACUCAGAGCCUCUACACGCUCCCUCAGGGUGAGAUCAGACCAUAUUUCAGCUUUGCCAAACUGGCCCGCAGAAUCUCUGAGGCCCACGUGAGCGACAGCCCCGUGGUUCGCCACACCUCCGUCGCCAACAAGUGGAAGACCAUUCACCUGCUGCUGCACCCCGGCCACAACGCCACCCAGAUCCACUACAACAUUACUUUCCAGAGGGAGGAUGACACAGAGUUGAGAAUGAGCUUCACUGUAGCUGUGGACACGCGUGAGGUUCCUCAGACUAACGUGUCCCAGACUGCAGGCAAGGAUGCAGAAAAAGAGCCCAAAGUGACCCCGACCCCGGAGCCAGUUUUUCCUUUCUCGGAUAUUCCUGAAGACAAACAAGGGCCUAAGAUCCAGAAGAGGCAACCUGACGUACCUCAGGAUGUCAUACAAGUUCCUUUAUUAAAUGUGUCACUUUUACCAUCUCUUGUGCGUAACGAACUUCAAAAGCUCGAAGAAAAACUUCUGAUUGGUGACAUUACUGUGAAAGGUUAUAACCUCACCAAGGCGGAACUUCUAAAACCUUUUGAGACGCUGGCUGAAAAGCAGCAGAACAUUGAUUUACAGCCAGCUGGAGUCCAGGGGAAACCUUAUAAAGACUUGGAGGAAGUGCAGUUGAAAGGAGAACCUCCUGUAAAGGAAGCUGGAAAUAUUCAGAAAAAUCCAAACUCUAAAGAAGACAUGUCCAGGAAGGUUGUGGCCAUGCAAAACAAACCUGUUACUCCUCUCAGCCGUGUCCAGAUUGAUGAUCAAAUCAAAGAUUUUGAAACUCCUAAAGCCUUUAAUGAUGCAAUUGAAAGGCCCUUGACUUCAAAACUUCUAAACAGUAUUUCCCAAAAAAAGAGUGCCGAGAUUCAGACUAAUCCAGCUGGCGCCCCUCCGGUCGGGAGGAAGCUCCAACACUUCACCUCCUCAGAUCGAGGCUUCCUGCCGUGGGAGAGGAGGAAAUACUUCCAAGCCUUGCUUGACGAGGAGGAGCGUCUUCAGAGAGAGCUGUCGUAUGAGGCCAAUGGUGCAGCUACAGGACGAAAGCUGCAGGACACUUUCGCCGAUUCGUUGCGUUACGUCAACAAGCUGCUAAACAGCCAGUUCGGCUUCACGUCUCGCAAAGUUCCUGCACACAUGCCUCAUAUGAUCGACCGUCUCAUCAUGCAGGAGCUGCAGGACACAUUCCCAGAAGAGUUCGACAAAACAUCCGUCCACCGUGUUCGGCACUCUGAGGACAUGCAGUUUGCCUUUUCAUACUUUUACUUCCUGAUGAGCGCCCAGCAGCAGCUCAACGUCUCAGAAGUGUUUGACGAGAUCGACACGGACCACUCGGGUGUUCUGUCCGACCGAGAGAUUCGCACUCUGGCCACAAGGAUCCACGAGCUUCCCCUGAGCCUUCAGGACCUGACAGGCCUGGAGCAGAUGCUAAUAAAUUGCUCUAAGACCCUCCCGACUAACUUGACCCAACUCCACCUGGUGAGCCCCACUCAGGAGGCGUACUAUGACCCCAGCAUGCCUCCUGUCACAAAAGGCCUUAUCCUUCACUGCAAACCCAUCACAGAACGUAUUCACAAAGCCUUCAAAGACCAGAACAAAUACAAAUUUGAGGUUAUGGGGGAGGAGGAGAUUGCUUUCAAGAUGGUGCGGACCAACGUGUCCCAUGUGGUCGGCCAGUUGGAUGACAUCAGAAAAAACCCCAGGAAGUUUAUCUGUCUGAAUGACAACAUCGACCACAGCCACAAGGACGCCGCCACGGUCAAGGCUGUACUGAGAGAUUUCUACGAGUCCAUGUUUCCGCUGCCGUCCCAGUUUGAGCUGCCCAGGGAAUACCGCAACAGAUUUCUGCAUAUGAACGAACUCCAGGAGUGGCGCGUGUAUCGAGACAAGCUGAAGUUCUGGACCCACUGCGUCCUCGUGACUCUGGUCAUCUUCACCGUCAUGUCCUUCUUCGCCGAGCAGCCCCCCUCCUCCCUCAGCAGUGAGGACUGGAGCAGAUCAGACCGGGUGGAAACUCCUCGCUGCAGACGAAGCUUGUAUGAGACGAGGAUGGAGCAUUUUUUUUAUAAGCAUGGAUGGGACUAUCUGCUGAAAGGAAGAACAGCCAAACAGAAGAAACUUUUCUUUUUGUCCACUGGGGACACAAACACAACUUUCCCCCUCACCUUACACCACUAUCACUGACAACUGUACUGUUAAAGUCUGAAACUCCUUGUUGCAGCAGGUUUUAUCAUAAAAUCCACAACAUGCACCAUUUUACUGGUACCAACUUCUUAAGUGUUAAUAAAUUCUACUUUUUUUUUUUAAAUUAAGUCAAAUCUGUAUUGAAAAGAGAUUUUCUGCUGCUGAAAAGUUGUGACGAGCUAUUUUUUUUUACUAUAAAGAAAAUGAAUAUAUAGCUUUUACAGCUAGAGCUUAAUUUAAAAGGCUUAGUGGGGAAAAACAAAAAAAACAUGAAUAUUUCAUUCAGAUCUUGGCUGGUAAACUUUCUGCCAUCUUGAAAAACAAACUUUAAGUGCCUUUGUUCUUGGUUUUUGCUUGUCUUUAUUAACCUGUUGGAUUUUUAACGUUUCCUUCUGAAUAUUUUGCAGAUCAAGCCCUGUUCCCGCGGUUUACAGUAAUGAGCGGGAUACAGAAUAAUUUGAUUAUUUUCGUGGUAACGGUGUAUUGAUUGAGCUCCAUGUGAUAAUGCAGCUACCGCAGCCACCUGUAUGUGUGUCCCCGUGGGACUCGACAGGCUCGCUGCUGUCUGAAAUUCAGACCACCUCAGCAUGUUCUGUAACUUAUUUUCAUUGUAUUAUUGUGACCAGUGAGAUAGUGUGAUGGAUGCAUCAGAUUUAAAUGCCAGAAUUUAAACAGUGCUCCAUAUAUGUGCUUGCCAUCUAUUCUAAUGUCUCCAAAUGUCUGUUUUACAACGUUCUUUGUUACGGUGUCAGCAGCUCGCUGCUGCGCUCGGAUUCAUAGGAUGGAUGGCGUCAGCAGGCAGGGCGGGCGAGACGCUGUGUAACCUUCAGGAAUGUGAUUUCCUUGGUUUGCAUCCGUGGCUCCUCUGACUGAAAUAAAAUGUUUAGUUCAGUCA